AUGUGCAUUGAUAUUUUGAAUAAUAAAUUAACUAUCAGCUACUCUACUUCUGAAAAUAAGUGUACUCCAAUUACUGAUGAAACCAGUCUUAAAUCAACUAAUGUAAAAUUAUUGAGCCAGGUUUCAAAGAAAGAUAGCGAGUUUUUACCAUUUGUGGCAAACCAAAAAUCAGAAUUACCACAAUGCUUGAGAACUCAGAAAGAUGAAUAUCAUAAUAAAAUCAGUUUUGAAGAACUCGUCUUAGAAAGGAUCCGGCAAGAUAAAAAUGAUAAUACAACAAAAAAGAAACGAGUGGCUAAAGGAGCAGAAGUAUUCACUCUUUUAAAACAAAAUAAAGAAAAGGAAAAAGAUGUGAAAAAAACUCAAAAGCCAAAAACGUAUAUUUCAAAAAGAAAACUCAAAACUAAGAAGGAAUCAGGCAUAAAAUUUAAAAGGCGUUCAAGCACUUACUCUAUGAGUGAUUGA